UUGCCCGGGUUUGGUUAUAUGACAGCUCGGGUCUAACGUCGCCAGCUGACCCAGAUCCGCAGCAGGGAGCCGGUGUUGGUGCAGCGUGGCUCGGCCACUGGGGGGGUUUGGAAGCCGCGGGCAAGCGUUGGCGCUGUUGCGGGGCGUGUUGCGCACGUACGCUGACUGUGAAGAGGAGGAGGGGAGGGGAGACAGACUCUCUUUCAUUGUGCUGCUAGGUAUGGUCCGCGAAAAUAUGGAGCCUUAAAUAUGGUAGCAAGGAGGAAAGGAGACAGAGGGAAGUGUAAAAUUAGUAAAAAUAAAAGGUGAGUGUUUAAACGAUAUAAAGGGAGCGGCGAUGAUUUAUGUGAUCCUGUUGUCUGCACUGGCCGGGGCUCUGUGCGUCGUGGUGUUGCAGAUAUUAUUGCUGUACCGGAACAAACCCGAGACUGUACCCCGGCAUGUCCAAUACGUCAAACCUGUGGUUGAGCCCCCGCUUAAGGACUAUUUCAGCGGCAGCAAGGAGCCGCCGGCUUCCCCGGACUCCGCUUGCUCCGCGCCCGGGACCGGCGGCGGCGGCAAGCCCGAGAGCUGCCACUUUCUCAACGCCAUCUUUCUGUUUCUCUUUCGGGAGCUCCGCGACACCCCGAUCGUCCGACACUGGAUCACCAAGAAGAUCAAAGUGGAGUUCGAGGAGCUGCUGCAGACCAAGACGGCGGGCCGGCUGCUGGAGGGUCUCCGCCUCCGCGACAUCUCCCUGGGCAACGCGCUCCCGGUGCUCCGGAGCGCUCGGCUGCUGCAGCCCGUCCCGUCCAGCCCUGCCGCCGCUGGCCAGGACGAUGAGGCCGGCGGCGGCGGCGUCCCCGACGAGCUCAACUUCGAGGUGGAGCUCGAGUACAACGGGGGCUUUCAUCUCGCAAUCGACGUGGACCUGGUCUUUGGCAAGUCGGCCUAUCUCUUCGUCAAGAUGAGGAGAGUGGUGGGCCGGCUGCGGCUGCAGUUCACCCGGCGUCCCUUCACGCAUUGGUCUUUCGCCUUCAUGGACGACCCUUUCAUCGAUUUCGAAGUGAAGUCGCAGUUUGAGGGCCGGCCCAUGCCACAGCUCACCUCCAUCAUCGUCAACCAGCUCAAGAGGGUCAUCAAGAGGAAGCAUACCCUACCCAACUACAAGAUCAGGUACAAACCUUUCUUUCCGCACCAAGUCAUCCCAACGAUAGUGGAUGCAGCAGACUGUGACCUGUACAUACAGCAGUCAAAUAUCACUGAAGGACGCCUAAAAGUCACUGUCGUAGAAUGUAGCAGGUUAUUUAUUCUCGGAUUGUAUGACCGAACUGAGUACAUUCACUGUACACUAGAGCUGAGCACGGAGCUGUGGAAAGAGAAGACUCGAAGCUCCAUCAAAACGGUUGAACUAAUUAAGGGAAAUUCACAAAGCGUCGGACUGGCUUUCCGCCAAAUCCAGGGAAAUGAUGGGGAUGCGGUUCAUGUGACCGUGGAAACUGUGACCCCAAACUCACCAGCUGCAGCUGCUGACCUCCAAAAAGGAGAUCGCCUCAUUGCAAUCGGAGGAACCAAGGUGACGUCAUCUGUACACGUUUUGAAGCUUAUCAAGCAAGCUGGCGAAAAAGUAUUGGUGUAUUACGAGAGACCUGUAGGUGGACAUCAGAAUCAACAGUGUAGCUCGAUCCAGGAGAACUAUAGCCAUCUUGAAGACCCAGGCUUUGGUACACAGUUUGGGCAGCAUGCAUUUGAUGACGAUAGCAUUUUAGACAAUGUCGAUGGUAAAGACAUAGAUUCUGAAUUUGAAGAAUUAAUGUGUUCUGAAAUCAAACCACUGCCCACAAUCAUAAAGGAGGAUUGUGCACCUCAAAGUCCAAAGCGUUCAGUGGCUACCCUUGCCAGCAAGCCACUAGGUACUAUAUCUCCCAUUCUCAAUCGCAAAUUGAAUUUGGGGAAUUACCCGAAUCCUCUGAAGUCACAGCAAAAAGAUACAGUUAAGUUUGCCCAGCCAAAGUGCUUAGAUGUCCCUGAUGGGACACAGCAGCUGAGCAAGCCACCAGUAGCAUCCACAUACAAGCCUCCAGUGCCUCCAAGGCCACAGAUAAAGCUAACUUCAGCUCCUACUGAAGCCCAGAGCCCGCCUGAACCUGCAGACAUAGCUACCGAGAAACCCGACAAGCUGAUGGCGUCCACCAACAGCGCAGACAAAAGUGCUGAGAAAAGUGUCAGCAAAAGUAUAGAUCAGGUGGAAGAAGCAUCUAUGACCAAGUCCACAGCUAGUAAACAGGAUUCCAGGGAGAAGCUCCCAGAAGCCACCUGCGGCGUUCGUGACGGAGCAGAAGGCAACCAAAUCUGGGAGUCAUCGGAGAUACUCUACCGUAAGAGAUUUGGGAAGUGGAACAAGGCAACAUGCGUAUUUGAUGUUGAAGGAUGCCACCGAUACAUUAACGUUGCAGUGUGGUGCAAAGAACCUUUUAAAGCAGGUGAACUUAUUUGUUUAGGCCACGCGAGCAUUAAACUUGAAGAGAUAGCCAUGGAAUGCCUUUGUACGGCAUCAAUGGAGUUCCAAGCAACCUUCCGGCUCAAUGCUCCUGAGCCAAAGGCUGCUGUUAGUAGGACUGCAUUACGAAACCUGAGCACUCACAAGGGAUUCAAUGAGAAACUCUGCUAUGGUGACAUUACACUAAAUUUUACCUACCUAAAAGAGGGUGAUACAGAAAGCUCUAGUGUUCAAACGGAAAAGGAAAAGGAAGAUAAUUCACAGGAGGAAAUUCCUGUUGCCAAUAAGGAGAAAACUACUCGUCGGUGCAUGGACAGUAAGCACAAUUUCCAAGACACUCAGUUUCAGAAUCCAACCUGGUGUGAUUACUGUAAGAAAAAAGUGUGGACCAAAGCUGCUUCUCAGUGCAUGAAAUGUGCUUACAUCUGCCAUAAAAAGUGUCAGGAUAAAUGUCUGGCGGAAGCACUCUUUCCUAUUACCACAGAGAGGAGGGUUGAUUUGGAAACAAAGUCGUCCUUCAACAGGUCCACUGGGUUAACACGGCAUAUCAUCAAUACUAGCUCACGCCUGCUGAACCUGAGACCAGGACCAAGAGCUCGUCUGGCGGAUCCUGGGGUUGACUUAGUGGAGCCAUCGCCCAAGCAAACUCCGAACACAUCAGACAAUGAAAGCAGUGACACCGAGACAUACAGUGCCAACAGUCCUUCCAAGCAGAUAGUCUCUUCCACUGGUGGCAAGUUGUCAGUGAAGAAAGAUGGAGGUCUCGACGAUAGUGUAUUGAUUGCAGUAAAGGAGAUUGGCCGAGACCUGUACCGAGGAUUGCCAGCCGACGAACGAUUUCAGAAACUGUACUUGAUGUCAGAAAAGCUACAGAAUGAAAUUGAGCUGGAACUGGAACAGAAUUAUGCUCUGCAGAAAGAAGAGAAGGAUUGCACAGACCCUAAAAAGAAGUGUCAUCUGUCUGCUGCCAUUGCAAAGUCAGUUGAACGUCUACAAGCUCUUACGCUGCUCACAAUCCACUACAAAGCAGGGAUGGAUGAUUUAGAAUUCAGCGACUUUGCACCUUCUUCUGAACAGCCAGCAAAAAAGGUCACAAAGCUCACAGAUGACAUCUUAUCCCUAACAGCAGACGAAAUUGACAUUGACAGUCAGACAGAUGUGCAAUCACUUACUGAGGAAUCAAACGAGCAAACCAUUAAUGAAGCCGAAUCUAUUUCAUGACUUUAAUUCAUUUUUCUCAUAAUUGUGAUAAACAAAUUUAAUUUUUUUUUACUUUUUGCUUCUGUGCUAUAAUGCAAUCAUUACUCUAUCUUGUGAAUUUGACUUUUCAUGUGACUAUGGUGUCAGUAAUCAACAGGCAGAUCAGUUUAGGAUUUUCCCUGCUUGAUGACAUACUUUUUCAUGAAUGAAUUCUCGGUGUCAUGAACUGUAGCCGAAUGCUCAGUUCACUGGGGAAGUGGAUAUAAAAUCUCUUUUAGGACCAUGUCAAAAGCUCUCAUCCUUUUUAUGUUCUCCCUUGUUUGUUAUGUAGAUGUUCCUUUGCCAAACAUGUAUCAUAUAGCUAAUUGUGUGGUGUGCUUUCGUAUUUAUUGAAAGAAAAGCGGAGUUUUUGUUUUAUUUCUUUAUGAAUAUUUGUAAUUUAAAAAAAUAAUUGCUCUGAACCUCUGAAGUGCAAAGAAGUGCAAGAACUGCACCGACUCUCUCAUCUUUAAUGAAACUGUAAUGUAUAGUACCACGACAUGACUAAUUAAUAUUUAUGUAUGUGUUAUAUAGUGAAACAUCCAGCUUGUUUUCUCUGCAGAAGAGUUGGGGGAGGGGGAGGUUAAAUUUUGAUAGAAUGUGACAUAGCUCAAUUUACCCAAGUAGUAACUUUUACAUAAUUAAAAGCUGUUAGUGAAAACUGAGAAAAUAAUGCUAAUUGAUUUGAGGGAUUUUCAUUUUGAUUUUGUUUAAUAAGUAGAUCUCGGUGCUCCCCAGUAAACCCCCACUCCUUCCCAAUUCCCUAUCCCAUCCACCCUGCUCCUACCCCCAUCUCAACCACAACCUCAGCAGAAUGGAAAGUUAGGUGCCUCGAACUUUAAUACUGCCCCCAAUAAA